UCCUGCUAGUCGCCUCCGUCUGGGUACCAGCCCCCUAUUACUCUGCAGGCGUGUGGAGGAAGAAGGAAACUAGCCCCAGACCACGAGUUCUCCAAAGCCGGCUGUCUGUCUUUCCAUCCGUCCUUCUGUCAGACUGUCCAUCAAUCUCUGUGGAAGGAGCACUGACAACAGAAGACAAGGGAAGAAGGAAUUUACAUGACUUUUGUAGAGAUUCAUCACAAGAGAGCUACAGGAACCUGAGAGAGGCAGAAGAGGACUACGCUCCACCAUUUCUCACGCUGGCCCUAAGCAUCCUCUUCAGUUAGGUGGAACAAGGCCCUCACCCAUCCUACCCAAAGGCUGGCACAGACUUGAGCAUGGGCCGGGCUCGGGAAGUGGGUUGGAUGGCAGCAGGACUAAUGAUUGGGGCUGGUGCCUGCUACUGUGUUUACAAACUAACAAUAGGAAGAGAUGACAGUGACAAGUUGGAGGAGGAGGAAGAGGAAUGGGACGAUGACCAAGAGCUGGAUGAGGAGGAACCUGAGAUUUGGUUUGAUUUCACAACUAUGGCUCGGCCCUGGAGUGAGGAUGGGGAUUGGACUGAACCUGGGGCCCCUGGAGGCACUGAGGACAGGCUCUCAGGUGGGGGCAAGGUGAAUCGAACACAUCCAGUAAAACAGCGCCCAUUCCCCUAUGAACAUAAAAAUGCUUGGAGUAACCAAAGCUUUAGAAAUAUCAGUUGUGUUCGUGACCUCUCCAAGUGUCGUUCCAUUCAGGGGAAAAUGUGGUUUGCUCAGCCCAAGGAUGCCAGUUUUUCAUUUAGCCAAGAUAUCAAUAGUCAUUUGGCCAGCCUCUGCAUUGUUGGAAACACGAUCCCCACUCCCGACCCUGCUAUUAAGGAGAAAGCUUUAUGUGCUCUGGAUAACUUGAAUGCAAGUAUUGAAAAUCAGGGCCAGAUUAAGAUGUACAUCAAUGAAGUGUGUCGGGAAACUGUGUCACAUUGCUGCAAGUCAUUUCUGCAGCAGGCCGGAUUAAAUUUGUUAAUAAGCAUGACCAUUAUUAAUAACAUGCUUGCCAAGUCCGUUUCAGACUUGAAGUUUCCUUUGAUAGCAGAGGGAAGUGGAUGUGCUGAGCUUCAGGUUUUGAAACUGGUGAUGGGUUUGUCUGAAAAGCCAGUCUUGGCAGGGGAAUUGCUGGAUGCCCAAAUGCUGCUCUCCUUCAUGUCCCUCUUCAUGAGGAACGGAAACACACAGGUUCUCCUGGACACCCUGGCCUCUUAAAUGGCUAUCUCAAACAGAAUGGAACUGAAUCUGCCCAAGACCCUUCUGAUGAACACACACUUGUGUUUUCAUUCAAAGAACCUGCAGUGGGUGCUGUUGAAGAUCCAGCCUUAACCCAUCACCACAUCAUGGGGUGAAAGUUACACUUGCUAAAUUGAGGACCACACUCUUAUUGGCCAGGCAGGGGAUCCUAUUUCAGAUGCUGUGACUCCCUCUCUCACUGACCCUCCCCUGCUCACACUGUCUCUCUCUCUCUCUCUCUCUCAAAAAUAAAUAAAACAUUUAAAAAAAAAUUAUUGGCCAGGCAGGAGUUCCCACGGGGCUUUCAGUAACUUCUUGGUUUUGCAGUCCGCAGGCAAUGUGUAUUGUCAGUCACCCCCUUGCAGCCUUCUUCCUGUGGUAAAGGGAUCAUUUCAGCUGCCAGCUGUGGAUACAGAACAUCUUAUUAUAGCAUCAUGAGGGAUGCCUUGCCGGUGGUGGUCUCCCUGUCUAAGCGGGACCAUUUUAUGGAGACCAGACACAUAUCAGAGGUUGUGCUGAAAAUGCAUUUGUUGCCGCUUAGGUUGAAUUCUUUCUCAUUUACUCCUUCUUCUGUGCGAGCUGAUGGAUGGUCAACCUAUUCAUCAAAAAAGUACACCCCCCUUCUAUGUGCUGUACUGACUUAACCUUAUCCACCCAAGCCUACGUUUGUAUGUAUCACCAAUAAAGUUGUGUGCUUUGAUUGGCAAA